AUGGAGUCGGGCAAAUAUAGUUUCCAGACUGGAGUAAAGAAUACUUUUACUGUAGUAGAUUAUGUCUUGUUUGGACUCAUAUUAUGCGUGUCAGCAUCCAUUGGUCUGUUCUAUGCCAUCAAAGACCGUAAACGCCAGAAUACUCGAGAGUUCCUGAUGGCGGGAGGAGACAUGAACCCUCUGCCAGUGUCUCUAUCACUUUUGGCUAGCUUUAUGUCCGCCAUUACUCUCCUUGGAGUUCCAGCCGAAAUGUACAAUUACACCACAAUGUACUGGUGGAUAGGACUGGGGUACCUUUUUGUAGCCUUUGGAGCAGCACAUGUGUUUAUCCCCAUCUUCUAUAAACUUCGAGUAACAAGCGCCUAUGAGUAUUUGGAAUACAGAUUCAGUAAAGGCGUGAGGACGGCAGGAUCAAUGACAUUUUCUGUACAGAUGUUGUUGUAUAUGGCCUUGGUGUUAUACGCCCCUUCUCUAGCACUCAAUGCCGUGACGGGAUUUACAUUGUGGGGAUCAGUGAUAGCUGUGGGGGCUGUCUGUACCCUCUACACCUGCCUGGGCGGCAUGAAGGCGGUGUUGUGGACAGACACUUUCCAGGUAACCAUGAUGUUUGCCGGCCUCAUUGCAAUUCUAAUCAAGGGGAGUAUAGAAAGUGGAGGCAUGGGGUUGGCAUGGCAACGUGCAGAGGAAAGUGGCCGAGUGGUUUUUGACGACUUUGAUCCAAACCCCGCCAAACGCCAUAGUGUAUGGUCUCUUGCGGUCGGUGGAACAUUCACAUGGGUGGCCAUUUAUGGCGUAAACCAGGCAAUGGUACAACGCUGCUGCACGUGCUCAACACUUAAGAAAGCUCAGCUAGCCAUAUGGAUAAACUUCCCAGGACUGUGUUUGAUCCUGUUCCUUUGCUGUUUGAUCGGUAUGGUGAUGUAUGGGUUUUACAGCCGUUGUGACCCCUUCAAAUUCGGACUUGUUGAGAGCUCCGACCAGUUACUUCCUUUAUUUGUGAUGGAUGUCCUUGGAACAGCACAAGGAUUCCCAGGACUUUUUGUUGCCAGUCUCUUCAGUGGAGCUCUUAGUACAAUAUCAUCCGGAUUGAACUCGCUAUCAGCAGUGGUACUACAAGACGUCAUCAAGUCUUACUUUCUACCGGACAUCUCCGAGCAGCGUGCGACACUCGUGUCAAAGAUACUAGCCCUGAUAUUUGGUGUAAUCUGCCUCGGACUGACUUAUGUGGCGUCCUUGCUCGGAGGAGUUUUGCAGGCUGCACUAUCUCUGUUUGGUAUGAUAGGUGGACCACUGCUUGGGCUAUUCAUCCUAGGAAUGAUGUUCCCUUGGGCCAACAAAUGGGGAGCGUACGCUGGUCUUCUGUUUGGACUUGUGUUUAUGUUCUGGAUAGGGGUAGGAGCACAGAUAUACCCACCGGCCAUCCCAAAGCCACCUGUCUCCACCGAGGAUUGUAACUGGAAUCUUACUAUCGCACCAAAUAUAACCAUUACACCGUUCGACCUUAAUAAUACAUCGGGUGCUCCUACAAACGAGGACAGCGAUCCCGUGCAUAAACUGUACACGCUGUCAUAUAUGUGGUACAGUGCUACCGCCGUUUUGGCCACCUGCGUGAUGGGGCUGAUUGUCAGUGGAUUUACAGGAUUCAAUGACCCCAAGGAAGCUGAUGCUCGCCUUAUGUGUCCACUGUUUGAUAUUCUCUUCCCUUGUCUACCGGAAAAGAUCCGCAAACCUUUGCGCUUCGGCGUGGACUACAGCACAUUACAGACCACUCCCGGUUACGGCAUUGAGCAGGGCAAGGAAAUGGAUGGGAAUGCAAUUACAUUGUCGAACGACAAAAAUAAUUUUCAGAAUAGCUUUAGUAAAAUCAACGGGAAAGAAGGUGGAAGCAGGUCUGCUAGUCAGGACAGUGGUUUAGGACAGGAAGGCUGUGAUGGAAUAGAUAAUGAUCCGCCCAUAUACAGCCAGAUCAGCGAAGAUUCGACAACCCAUACUACCAAAUUAUAA